AUGACAGCAGAAAGCCCUUACACACCGCUCGCGCUUCGCGACGACCUUCGCCAUCUGCAGGAAUUAUGGAGGAACACAGGCAGGCUGUGCGAGACAUCCAACUCCACAGUUGACAUCCUCCCUCAAGCAACAAAGGGCAUAGCAAGCAUCCUUGAAAUCAUCGUGUCCCCCCUGGAACUCCUCCCGCUCAAAGGCGAUCAGGACGACGAGAACGAUGGCCCCAACCUGCUGGCAGGGCGGCCGCGCUUCCUCCAGGGUCUCUUCGACCUCGAAACACGCAUCUCGACCAGCGCCAGGCGGGGCCAUCUCAACGAUGAGCUGUCAAUGUGUCUUGUGCCCAAUGUCUACUGGUACCAUCUGAAGCUCGUAUCUGCCUCACACUCACAGGACUGCGAUGAGCUCGCCUACAAGCUCUCCCUUCUCCCCCAGGCGCCAUCCCCCGACUUUCUCGCCACGGCACCUCCCCCGUUGGAGAUCCUCCGAUGGCACCAGACGUUUCCUGGGUCGUCAUACAAUGAAGGUGAAUGGGAUCUCCAGGUCUACUAUGCCAACUUGCUCACCGCCUCGUUCAACCAUCACGUGCCACGACUGUACGCAGAAGAGUGUCUCUGGGCCGAUCUGCGCAAUGCAAUGGUCCCUGCAUACGAAGGUGCAGCGACGGACUGCUUCCUGCAUGGAGAGCCUCGUGCUGACACCUUUGGGCUCUUUCAUACCCAAGGCCAGCCCUAUAGCUACAAGCUGUACCAAUGGCUUUUGCAAUGGGGCCGCCUUGCCAUUUCGUCAGAGUCCGCCCGCUAUCACAGCGGCGUGUUCCAUCUGGCCGACUCGCUCCGCACAGGGAAGGUCACCGCAUUGCAUGUUGCUGCCGUCCUGGGCUUUCCAGUGGUGUGCCGCCAGCUUCUUGAAGCAGGGUACAGUCCGAAUCAACGGAGCCCAUGGGGUCCCCCGCUACACUGCGUCCUGGCGGGCUUCUCGAGCUGGGAAGCCCUCUACGAGUUUUCCGAGUCGGGAAAGGGGCUCUUCCCACGGACACCAUCGGCGCAGCGCACCGAUGCUGUCAAAGCGCUGCUCGACGCAGGUGCCUCAGGUGCCUCGGCUGCUGCGCCCGGCCAGAGGGGCCACUCCUUGGCUGCGUAUGCGAUCGCCUUCAGUCUCGAGGUCGAGGGCGACGAGCAAGUCCUGCGCAAGGUCGUCGACGGUGGCGCGUGCUUGGAUGAGUACGUGGCAGGGUCCCUUAUGAAGUACUGCACCACAAAACCGAUGCCGUUCUCCAAAACGCUCAUUGCUCGGGUACUGACCUACCUGCAUGGCGUGCUCAUCGUCCGAGAGGGUACCCUGCUCCUGGGGACCCCUGCACUCGUCUUGGGCGCCAUCGAGACUGUAAUGGCCGUGCAAGCCGUCAGCUUUGACAUUGGGGAGUAUCCAGACCCUUUGCGUACCCUUUCGACGCCUCCACGGGGGGCAAAACGGCCCGUCGAAACCUUCGAACAAGUUGUGAGAAAGGCGAUCUUGGACGCCUCGGCCUUUCACCUGCGACGUCUCAUGAUCGACCCUCAUUUCGACAUUGUUCUACACAACCCCACAGGCGAGCCCUUCCUGCACACGGCAGUGAGCAGUGGUGAAAAGGAGAUUGUGGAGUUGUUGCUGGCCGCCGGUGCUGAUGUGGAGUGCCGUGACGAAGAAUCCCGCACGCCAAUCAUGGUCGUGGAAAGCUCGGAGAUGCUGAGCUUGCUCGUCAAGGGCCACGGCGCACUGACGACGGCUACGGAAGAUAAUGGGGGGCGAAAUAUCUGGCACAUGGCGGCAGCGACGGGCGCCAUAUCGCUCCUCGACUGGUUGCUUAACAACGACCCCCACAAGGUCGAGAACAUGCGCGCAGUCUCCAAGAAGGGACGCACGCCUCUCGCCGAGGCCUUCUUCAUGUCUGAAGAGCAGAAAAACCAUGACCUGGCGGGCACGACCCCACAGGCCGCAUGUCUGCUCCUGGAUGACCCUGACAUGGAAGCUGAGAUUAUCUCCGGCACGACACGGCCCUUGACCCAUCUGGCUGCCGCAUGGGGUGAUAUUGACGUGAUCAAUGGCCUGGGAAAAUUGGGAGCCGAUUUCUCUGCCGUAGACCUACAAGGUCGGUCGGCAAUGCAGUAUCUCAAACUGUCCGCGCACGCCGACGUGGUCGAGCGCCUUCGAGAACUCGGGGCUGAGUCACGGAUGGACAUGGCCGCCAAGGCACAGCUGCCUAUCGAUGUCUUCCGCCAAGCUUGCCCCUACCAAGAGGUCUGCGGCGAGGGACAUUCGCUUGAACUGAUUGCCGAAUCAAAGGAUUUGGCCAUGCCGCGCUUCGGGUAUGAUGCGCUGCUCACCUCGGACGUGGUGGCCUUCAUCGACGCGGAUGGUCAAACCUUGCUCGAGCGCUACGUGCGUAAUAUCUGGGCGGCGGAACCUGAGGAAGCUCGGAACAUUCUCGCGUCCAAUCAAGAAUCGCGUAAUCUCGCCCGCUUUAUAGCGAUACGCUUCCUCGGCGGCGUGAGUUCCUUGGCCGGGAAGGGGUGCAUCACGGAACAUGAAACCCAUCGUCAGCAGUGUGGGCUGUACGGUUUCAUGGUGCCGAGUUGCGGCUCGUCCCCAUUGAUGAACAAGCUACUAGCGCCGCGGAUUGUGGAUAUUGUAUACAAGUACGGCAACCGGGACUACUUUGCUGAGUUUUGCCGCCGGAAUCCAGAUGACAUCGUGACACAGAUCAUGGAGCACCUGUACAGUUAUCAGGAGUGGAGGCAGAUGGGGAUUCUGUUCGAGGCCGGCUAUGUGCCUCCGGAACGGUGCGAGUACCGCUUCGCCAAAAUGGGGGUGCCCGGCUUGCUCAAAAUCGAUCGUCACGUCAAUGGCGCUGGGUUCAGAGGUGUCCUGACCGUCAUUGAUGCAGACGCUUUGAAUGCUAGCCAUCGCAGGAUUGUGGAUAUGUUAUCGGCCGCGCGGUUGAUGAAAGAUCCAGUCGAUAAGUUUUGGGCACUUCAAGAUCGUGGCCUUGUUCUUCCCCGCGAGGGCGAGCACGGUCUAGACAGCCUUGUCCGCCGGCUGUUCUCCAACCUCAGUGGACGUUUGGACGCCCACCUGGUUCUAUGCCUCCUCGACAUGGGAGCAGAACCACGUGUCGACGAGCAAGAUAUCACAGCUGCACGGCAGGCCGUGAUGUGCGACCACCUACUCGUCCUACAGAAGCUGGUCACCUUGUACGGUCCCGAAUUUCCCUGGCAUCAGCCUACGGGAACAUACUUAUACAAGGGCAGCAAUAUUCUUUGUGAUGCGGUCACCAAAGCCCCUUGGGAUGUCGUUGAAUUUUUGCUCGCGAAUACGUCGGCAAAGCGAUUGAUCAAUACAGAAAUACACGGCGCCACCCCGCUGCAUGUGGCAGCAGGCAAAGGAUACCAAGGGAUCGACACUCUUCUCUGUCUGCGCCGUCAUGGGGCUGAUGACGCGGCCGUGGAUGAGGAUGGGCGGACCUGGAUGGAGAUUUUGGCGGAGUACUCGGACUUGAACCCUUCCGCUGCAUCGGAGGUGCUUGCCGAAAGGCUCUGCGAAAAAUACUUUGAUGAAGCGGACCUGCCCGUCGUUGAGAUGAAGAGGCUGCUUGAACAGGCUGGGUCCCGGCGAGCGGCUGCUGGGCAUGAGGGCGGCAGCAUGGCCGAAUAA